AUGUUGAUCAAGGUCAAGACUCUGACAGGGAAGGAGAUAGAGCUGGACGUACAACCAGAGACGAAGGUCUCGAAAGUGAAAGAAAACGUGGAAGAGAAGGCUGGUAUUCCUCCCAUUCAACAACGUCUGAUUUUUGGUGGUAAAGCCAUGAACGAUGAAAAGGAAUUAGGAUUCUACGGUGUUCCGGCGGGAGGGAAUGGCAACUUUGACAUUUCUCUCGCAUUCGUUUCAAGAGGAAGAGUCAUGAGGUCUAUUGGUGGUAGUCGAGUUCACCGAGGGCUUUUGGCCCCUGGUGUGUUUCUCCCUCACCGGAUUGUCAACAGGUCCUAUCAUUCCUCUCCUGUGGUGGAAGAAGCACCAGAUGGUGAUAAUGACUUCAUCCUUUCCAUUCUCCAAGCUUCACCUUCAGUUCGAGACUCACGUUCCUAUCUCUCAUCUUUCGCCCCUUCCUCUUCACCUCCCCUUUCGACAGAAAAGACCACUCUCACUCCUUCAAUAAAACCUCAUCCUAUACUGAGUUCCAUACUCAACCCUACUCCUCGUCGUCCAGCACUGGUCAAGAUUCAAGGUCCAUUCACAGACCCUCAACUCGCUUCAAUAGCAAAGGGCAUGGCGAGAUUACAAAAACUCGGAUUGGUCAGUGUCAUCGUCAUUGAUAGAGAUGAUCUUCCUCCUUUUGAACCCACAGAUAGUUCUGUGGCUCAAAAACAACGAGAGAUGGUAAUGAGAGAAAUGGAGAGAGUGGUUGAUUUUCUCAUACGAUAUAGAGCUCCAGCUCGACCUAUCUUAGCUUCUGUCGCUCGAGUAGGAGAUCAGGGGGUAUUUGUCGAAGCUGAAGGAUUAGAUCAUGUGAGAAGAGCGGUGGAGGAAGGGGAAAUACCUGUUUUACUUCCUGUGGCUUUGGAUAUGGGAUGUAGGAGUAGGAGGGUGCAUAGUAAUUUGGUUUUGACCGCUUUGGCAAAAGCUAUGGUGAACCCUCCUAUCUCUUCUUUGUCUCAGAUGACCUCUACGACUUCGACAAUAUCCCACCCAUCCUCUCUUACCCGCCCUACGACCUUGUCUUCUAUUCAUGCCACGCCCUCUUCAGUUUACCCUCCAACCCUUUCUUCGUCCUCCUCCUCAGCGUCUCCCUCAAAUGAUCACAGUCUGAUCUCCACGACUGGACCCUCCCAUGAAGAUCAUACAACCCAGACGAAGGACAAUGACAUCAGUUAUAACACCGUCGACCCAAUAGGAACCAUCUUCAAAGCCAAAAUAGACCUCACUCCACUCCGUCUUCUCAUCAUCAACCGAGAGGGUGGUAUCCCUUCAUACGCCAGAUCAGGUCUACCGCAUCUAUCUAUCAACCUUUCAUCAGAAUAUAAUCACAUAAACUCGACUUUUCUACCAUCAUGGCAUUCUACACAUCCUACGGCACUUUCCAACCUCUCUCUCGCACACACUUGUCUACGACUAAUGCCUCGCGAAGCAUCAGCAUUGAUAGUUUCUCAUCGAUCACCUGCGGCAUUGAUAGCUAAUUUAAUCACGAACAAACCUGCUCAUUCCAUUUCUCUCCCACAUGCUUUAUUAGAAUCCGGUGGAAGAUUGACAAGGGAUACUCCGACAUUGAUAAGGACUGGUUUACCCGUUCGGAUAGUCAGAGAUUUCCAAGCUUUGGAUAUUGAGAAACUCACGAAUUUGUUGGAAACUAGUUUUAGAAGGAAAUUGAAUGGUGAGAAAUAUUGGGAGAGGAUGAAGAAAGAUAUGGAUUUUUGUAUCAUAAUUGGGGAUUAUGCCGGUGCCGCUAUUGUAACUUCAGAAGGAAGAUCUCAUCCUUCUCACCUUCCCUCAUCUUCAGCCUCUUGCACUUCGUCUCCCUCUUCUGCCGUCCCUUUCACUUCCUCACCAAAAAUCGAACCUAAUCCAUUUGGAGUUGGUCCUGUGAAGAAUCAACCCCAUUUCCAAGGUAUUUGCUACCUUGACAAAUUUGCGGUUCAUCCAGAACAUCAAGGAGACGGUACGGUCGAUUUCCUCUGGGUUUCUCUCCGAGAUGAAACUUACGGUCUGGGAGUACCUGAUUCUGCCAAUCCGACAGAAGGUUCCCUUCGCUCCGUCCCACAUCCAAGUCGGUUGACAGGUCGGGAUCUGGUAUGGAGGAGCAGGAGCGAUAAUCCAGUGAAUAGAUGGUAUUUCGAAAGAUCGAGUGGGUUCGUGAGUAGUCAAGAUGGGAGAUGGAAAGUUUUUUGGUGUGAUGCGGAAGAAAGGGUAGAUCCAGUUUUGAGAAAGGCUAGUCGGGAACAAUCUCAAGCCUUUUCAGGUGGGUCGAGGUAUGAGAUGAGUGGGGUGAGCAGGGAUGGUGGUGGAUCUGUAAAUGGGAAAUAUGACAUAUCUGGUGGACAUGGUGGGUCUGUUAUCGAGGGACAGUAUGAUAAAGCUUGUGGGUUUGGAAGUGACGGCAAUCGAUCAAGUUCAGGAAUGAGUGGAAUUGAUAGAAAUGGACCAGAAGGAGAGAGGGACGUCGCGGAAGGAACGGAGUUGGGAGAUGCAGGGACCACCGAUGAGAGAGAUUUUGGAGGAGGGAGAAUGAUAAAAGUCAUUGAAGAUGAUGAAAAGGGUAGGGUGGAGAGAUGGGAACCUGUAAUCUCCGGGAUUGAAAGUGCUUGGUUGUAACGAGUGUUGAUCACAACUGUCAAAGUAGAAGAAGAAUAUCAAGAAGAAACGUCAAAAGUAUUUAUCUAAAUGAGAGAAAGAAACAUAGCAUAGGUUUGAUUGAAACGCAACAAAAUUGACAAAAGUAGCGAAGUCAAAAAGUAGAACAUACUUGUCAGCAUGCAUGAUGCA